UAACACAGAAAAAAGAUUAAUAAAUUAUUAUAAUAUUGUUAAGGUUGCUGGUCCUCCGUUAAUUUUGUGAUAUCUUGUAAUUUGUUUCCAUUUCGUUCGGACUUCGGUCUGUCCGUUGUCGUCUGUCUACCAUUAGUCCGUUGCCGAAGUGUAUGUCCGACAAACGACAUACACCAUAUUUUAACCAUUGAAACCUGUAACGAACUUAUAAAACGUAAGUCCAGUCUGAGCAAAUACGUCAUACAUUCAUCGUAAAUUCAACGCAAUGGCAACCACUAGCAACGAGUCAGAUUCUUCGCGAAAGAACACAGACAAUAGAGAAAAUGAUAACAAAGAUGAACAGAAUAACAUGUUUGAAUGUAACAUAUGCUUGGAUUAUGCAAAGGACGCAGUUGUCAGUGUUUGUGGCCAUUUAUUUUGCUGGCCAUGCUUGCAUCAAUGGUUAGAAACUCGUUCUAGUCGACAGGUAUGCCCUGUAUGUAAAGCUGUUAUAAGUAAAGAUAAAGUAAUACCAAUUUAUGGACGAGGCAAUACCAAACAAGAAGAUCCCAGAAAUAAAGUGCCACCUAGGCCUGCUGGUCAAAGAACUGAACCUGAUGCUAAUACUGGUUUUCCUGGUUUUAACUUUGGAGAUGGCGGUUUCCAUUUGUCAUUUGGAAUAGGAGCAUUUCCUUUUGGAUUUUUAACAUCAUUUAAUUUCUCUGAUCGUCAUGGAGUUCCAGUUGGUGGUCAAUUACCUCAAGACGAUCAUUAUUUAUCAAAACUUUUCUUAUGGAUUGCAGUAAUAUUUAUUAUUUGGCUAUUGUUGGCGUGAUUUACUUAUACAGUAUAUUAUUUUAUAUUAUUAUUAUUAUUAUUAUUCUAUCAUUCAUUGAAUUACUUUAGUAAGCACUUCACGGUGGCUUCUUUUUCUAUAAUGAUUUUUAUCACUAACUAGUUAUAAUUAGCCAUGAAGCUUUUUAAAUUAUCUUCAACUUUUAUUGUCCGGUGCUUAGUCUGAAAUCCUUACUGUGAUUUUUAGUUUUAUUAUUUUUUUAUGAUCCAAAAAACUUAUAUACUGGUUUAAUAAUAAACUUUUAUCAGUUUGACAAAUAUUUGACCAUGGUGUCAUUAUGAAUAUUCUUUGAACAGGCAAUGAUUUAAUUAGAUAUUUUUUUUUUUUUAACUAUACUAAAUUUUAAGUUAAUAUUAAUUUUUGUAUUCUAUUAUGUUAUUAUACCUGAAAAAAUUAUUUUCGAUUUCACAGUCUAAUUCUAAGUGUAUUUAAUUAAUAUUUAUGAAUAUUAUUUAAUUAAUUAUUAUGAUUUAUUUAUGAUGGUUUUGUUUUGAGUUAAUUAUAAUAUUAUAAUGAUACUUUAUGAUUUGUUAUGUUAAAACGGUAUUUGUUUUUUUUAUUGUAUUCAUCCCAUUUAUAAUUAUAAGAUUAUUCUAACACAUAUUCUGUUUAACGUUAUCCAUUUCACCCACACCUACUUAAUUGUUGAUAUAAUUUUUUUUCUUUAUUUACUUGACUCCUAAUUCAAUCAACCAUAAAAAACACUUAAGAUUAGAUAGACUACAGUAAAAUAAAUAUAUGAGUAUUUAAAUAUUUGAUCAU